UCUCUCGCCCACGUUCCCCGUCCGGCCCCGCCACCCCCGCCGCCUCCGUCGCCGCUGCCGCGCCUCAGACUCGGGAGGUUCUGCGCCCGCCGUCGCCACAGCCUCUUGAUCCUUGAGACCCUACGCUCCUGGCUGACGCGGAGCGCCGCCAUCCCCACCGGCACCACGGCCAACGCGGGUGCCACGCAUCGCCACCGCCGCCGCGCCGCCGCCGCCGCUCGCUUGCCACCCGCCAUGGCCCCGCAGCAAACAGGUAGCAGGAAGCGGAAAGCUCCCGCGAUCGAAGCCGGCGCCGGGGGCUCGUCGUCUCAGGGGGCGGCGAGGGACGGAGAGGGGCCGCUGCCGCCCAAGAAGCAGAAGCGGCAGGCGACGCGUCGCUCGCUGGUGCACUACCUGAAGGGCCGCGAGGUGGGCGCGCGGGGCCGCGCGGGGCUCCCGGGCUUCGAGGGCGAGCUGCGCGGCUACACGGUGCGGAGGCUGCCGGUGCUGCUGACGGAGCGCGAGCUGCCCCUGGGCACCCUCGACAAGGUGUUCGCGUCGCAGUGGCUGAACGCCAGGCAGGUGGUGUGCGGCACCAAGUGUAACACGCUUUUCGUGGUGGACGUGCAGUCGGGCCACAUCACGCGCAUCCCCCUGCUGCGGGACAGGGUGGCCGGGCUGGGCCGGGCCCGUCCGGGUUGCGGCAUCCACGCCAUCGAGAUGAAUCCCUCCAAGACCCUUCUGGCCACCGGGGGCGAGAACCCCAACAGCCUGGCCAUCUACCAGCUGCCCACCCUGGACCCCGUGUGCCUGGGCGACCGCCACGGCCACAAGGACUGGAUCUUCGCCAUCGCCUGGCUGAGUGACACCGUGGUGGUGAGCGGCUCCCGCGACGGCACCAUGGCGCUCUGGCGGCUGGACCCGGACACGUUCCAUGGUAGCAUUGGCUGGCACAACGAUUUUGGGCUCCCCGUGUACUCCCACAUCCGUCCAAGGGAUGUGGAGGCCAUCCCCAGGGCCAGCACCAACCCCAGUAACCGCAAAGUGCGAGCCCUGGCCUUCAGUGGCAAGAACCAGGAGCUGGGAGCAUUGUCCCUGGAUGGCUACUUUCACCUGUGGAAAGCCCGGAGCACCCUGACCAGGUUACUCUCCCUCAGGCUGCCCUACUGCCGAGAGAAUGUGUGCCUGAACUACUGCGACGAGUUGUCCCUGUAUGCGGUGGGCUCCCAGUCCCAUGUCUCCUUCCUGGAUCCACGCCAGCGCCAGCAGAACAUCCGGCCCAUGUGCUCUCGAGAGGGUGGCACGGGAGUGCGCUCCCUGAGCUUCUACCAGCACAUCAUCACCGUGGGCACGGGCCAUGGCUCCCUACUCUUCUAUGAUAUACGUGCCCAGAAGUUCCUGGAGGAGAGGGCUUUGGCCAGCCCAGACUCCUCACCAGGGUCCGCAGGGAGGAAGCUCAAGCUCACUUGUGGCAGAGGCUGGCUCAACCAGGAUGACCUGUGGGUGAACUACUUUGGGGCCAUUGGGGAGUUCCCCAAUGCACUCUACACCCACUGCUACAACUGGCCUGAGAUGAAGCUCUUCGUGGCUGGGGGUCCUCUCCCUUCAGGCCUCCAUGGAAACUACGCAGGCCUCUGGAGCUAAGGAUGGCUGCCUCGUUCUCAAAGUGCACAAAUUUACCUUUUAGUUCUCUCUAAUUUUCCUUCUUCACGCUCCAUUUGUGCUUUUAACUCCGUGGCUUUUGCUUUUCAGGUGCAACAGGCCCAACUUAUCUGUACUUAGUGCUUUAGGGCCGGAGGGUACAAAGAGCACAAGUGGUCCUUUGAGCAAUCAAAACUUGGCUUUAAGACUUUUAUGCACCUUUCCCAGUAGCACUAUGUUUGCCUUCUCAUACAAAGAAUUUUGGCUAAACUCUAAAUGCGUUCUUUCUUCGAGUGAUUCACAUCUGCGUUUUCUUUAUAUUGAUGCAGUCAUUAUCGUUGUUACUAUUUAGUAAUUUAGUUUUAUUAGUAUUUCAAAGUAUGAUGAGGUCUUAUACACAUUUCAGAAAUAUGCUAUUUUGUAAAAAUGUGUGCUACAAAGUGUCUUUUGGGCUUGUCUGAGAAACUACCCAUCAUUUAUACCCCUACUCCUAUUAGAAAAUGCAGUUCAAGUUAUAAAUUGCCACUGUUUGGGGUGUGUUUCAUUUGAAUGUGGGACACUCAAUGUUUGUUGUUUUCAUAUUGUUGGUGAAUAAAAUGCUUUAAAAGUAUGUUCUCUGAAGUCUUACAAUGUUAUUCUGGCUAUUAAUCAACAAUUUUGAUUCUUCAGUAAAACUUUAACAUCACUAUCCCCAAGCCCUCAGCCUUCUUGUGUAAAGCUGCUGUAUUAUGGUCUGCUUUUGUGAGUAGCAUUUAUGCUACAGAUUUUCAGAACUAUUCAAAACUGUCCUAUAUAUGUGGCAGUGAAAUCAGGGAGGUAUUUUGGGUGAUAAACAUUUCUUUAAAGUUCAGGUAGCCAUUUACAGUGAAAGGUCAGCAGUUGUUCUCAGAGUAGGUUUUGUUGAUUUUUUUUAAAUUGUAUACAUGGAUAAUUCUUUUGUCUGGAUCCAGUAUGUGAUAUAUUGCAAAAAAAUAAAUAAAAUGUGUUCAGCAUCUUAGAAGUUAAGCAAGAGACUAAAGUU